ACGCUUGCUGCAACAAAUGUAGGAGACGUAUUUUGCAAGACAACGUUUGGAAGAGUCAUCGGAGGACAUCCUGUUGAUAUAAAACAUCGACCAUUCAUGAGUUUCAGAGAGAACAACAGGUUACUUCGUUCGAGCUGGUUCGAGCAAACUUUAUCGAGGAGGAUCGCUGCACAAAUUAACAAAGAUACACGCGUACAACGGCACCGCGUACGAGUAUUCGGGAUUGAACAUGCCGUGUCACGAUAUAGCGCUGUUCGAAGUACGACCUGGCUUUCGAUUCUCGAGCACUGUUCGAGCCGUUCGAUUGCCCCGAGAAUCCAGCAGACCACCUCGAACACUGUACGUUUGUGGCUGGGGUCACACCAACAAUCAAAGCGUCGCAACAGCAAGCGAUCUUUUAAUGGGUGUCUACGUUCACUACACGCCGUACGAAUGGUGCGUAAACGAAGUUCCGGAAUACAAGAUGCUCGUGAAGAAAGAACACCAUCUAUGUUACGGGGCAGACGGGAAAGAUUCUUGUUACGGUGAUUCCGGAGGGCCACUGGUGAGUGGGAACAGAAUUUAUGGUGUCGUUUCCUUCGGUCACGAUUGCGCCGUAGCAUCGGGAGUGUACGAAAGCAUUUCUUACUACCGGCGCUGGAUCAAACGAAUUACAAAUCUA